AUGGAGGAGACGGUGCGGUCGCUGCUCCAGAACCAGGACUCGCUGGAAGGGCCCAAAGUGGACCCGCUGGAACUCAUGAAAACAUACAAGGACAAACUGCUGGAGGAGAUGUGGAAGCAGCAGCACAGUCUGGAGGGUCCCACGGCCUCGGCCACGUGGACGCCCGCCUCGCCCGAGGCCGGCGGCGGGUCGGACGACAACUCAAGGGACGGCAAUCCCCUGCUAGAGCGACUCCGAGCCCUGCAGGCUGAAAACUCUGCUCUGUCGAUGGAGAACGACAAUCAGAGGAAACAGUACGAACGCUGUCUGGACGAGGUGGCGAACCAGGUGGUCCAGGCCCUCCUCACGCAGAAGGACUUGAAGGAGGAGUGUGUGAAGCUGCGGACCCGCGUGUUUGACUUGGAGCAGCAGAACCGCAUCCUGAGCGUUCUGUUCCAACAACGGGUCAAAAUGUCCACGGCGCCCGUCUCCCAGGAGGUCCAAAGGAAUGGAAAAGCUGGUAUUCCUACAGGAAGGUGGCCCAGCCUGCUGAGUCUAACAUGCCCACGCAGUAGUGGUAGCGGCAGUAGCAGUGAACUGUCACUCUCCAGUGCUUGUAGCGAGUACUCCAGUGGCUCCCACACUUGGGCAGAGGGACGUGGAUUCUCCAAGCAGUGUGCCACAAGCCGGGAUAAAAGGAUGAGUACGGGUUCAGUAUCCAGCAACCACUCUGCACCCAUCGAGCAGGCGGACCUGGGAUGGAAGGAAGGCCACAUUCUGAAAGGCCUGAAGCGUCUCCAAAUGUGCAGCUCCAAAGAGGCGUCGUCUCUUGCGUCUGUGGCACAUUGCAAAGAUUGUAUGACGUCCAACGAGGGCAUAUACUCGUUUGGUGUCAAGUGCGUUCAACAAGGGAGUACAACCAAGCAGUUAGCCCCUACAUGUAAAUCUUUGAAGGCCGGAGCAGGGACGUCUGCCCCAGGCUCAGACGUUACCAAUAAGGAAUUCAUUAAAUUAGAAAGUCGAGAGUCCAGUGACCAACCGACAAAAGAACCCGUUUGUUUGCAACUGGAUGUCACAAGGGAUGAUGACAACAAUAUUCAAGAAGACCCUGUAAAACUUAUAGGGAAUUCUGGUCUGUUUCCCUCACCUACCGCAGACAACUUCUCAUUUUUGGAGGGCCCCUCAGUAAAACCUGGUGUAAGCCCAACAGCUAGCCUUACACAUUCGGAGGAAAUACACAAGCCUUCAAGCCUGAAGUUAAGUGACAGAAACAAUAACCAGGAAAGGUCUACUGACCGUAAAUCCAGACUUGAUCAUGUCAAAAGACAACAGGGCAGACUUGCAGUCAAGCGAGUUGAAGCGGAUACAAAUGGCAUGAGCUCCUCUAUUCAGCAUUCUGCAACAAGAGCUCUGAGUUGUGUGAGUGUCGCCAGACAGCGCAGCUCCUCAAUGGAGGUUCCUCACUGCAGAGACCAGGCAAGUCAAGCUGGCAGUGAAAGCCAGGACUUCACCAUCUCAGAAUCUCCGCAGAGGAAACCGAAACCUCAGCCUUGUGACUCAGCAAGAAAGGCUUUCAUUCUGCGGAGCAAGAGUGCGGAUGGAGGGAAAGAACAAGCUAAGCAUACACAUUCUCCCUUCCACCAAAAACUUAUUAAGGUCCACAUGUCCAAAGGACAGUCAGACCCUCCUGGGCACAGUCCUCCUAGCAAAACUACGAACCUCAGUAAAACCCAUUGUUCAAACAAGGGAUCAUUAUCUAAAGUUGAGAAAGAUGAAAACAUCUUGGUAUCGACAAAUUCCAAGUCUCUCAAGAGUGUACGCUCUCCCCUCGCUUCCCCUGUGAAACAUUCAAAGACAUUUAAGCCACCAGAGAUCAAUGAAUGCUCAAAGAGCCCAACAAAAUCCUCUCUGCAAGUCACUGGGCUUCAAUCAAGCAAGGAGUCUAUAGAAGAGAGCAUCUACGACAACUUACCCUGCUCUCAGCGAAAACAACGACGGCAAAACCAGCACUGUGAUGUUUCCUGUUCAGAAAGUAGGUCCCCAUCCCCGCCACCACCCCCAGGACGAACUACUUCUCUUGUCCUUCGGCCCAGUUGCGACGGCUCACCCAAAGCAAAUAAUUCUGCAGGUCAGGCUCAAAGCUCGACUACUGGAAAGGCAACGUCGGGCACCGCCAAGCCACAGACAUAUCUUUCUUCUAUUUUACAGCCGCAACAAUCCAACACAGCAAAGGACAAUCAACAAACGGGUGCUGAUGGGAAGCUACUGAAAGAUAUCCCUGCCAAGCUCUACCAUACCCAGUCAUCUAAGAUGUCAUCUGUCUCACUUCAAGAGUCGCCAGAGUCAGUCCAGCUAUCUAUGGACAGAAAUACCACAUGCCAUGAUGAACAUGGUGUGCCCUCUAUAUUUCCAAGCCAGAGCAUCUUACAGAGAUCCAAACAGAGCAUUAGUGAGCCAAAACUUUCAGACGUAUUGCCUCAGGUGUAUUCUAAGAUGUACUACCAUGGGAUUGCCAAUAAUUCUCAGAGUUCCACCUCCAGACCUGUAGAAAUGUCUCUCCCUGUAAAUGCCAAAUCUCAUGAGGCAAUUGCUGGACAGGAAACCAGUACCUUCCUAGUUUUCAGAAGACAUGACAAAGAUGACACUGCGAAAGGUGUCCACACCUAUAAGACCUUUACGUGUGAUCCCCAGAUGAUACAUGAAUCUGGAGCUCACGAUAAAGUCUGCAGAAAGAUUGAGACCCGCUGUAACUCACUAGAUUCUGAGCCCUGUGCUCAACCUGUUGCAUCGGACAGCGGUGUGAUGUUAGAUUGGGGAUUUGAUGAGGAAGGUUGGCUGUUUAAACGUUCUGUGUCUGUGUCAACCAGACCUCCGUUUAAGCCAGUAAUGGGAAUGAAUGGGGCUAAGGCUCGUAGCCAGAGCUUUGGUGCACGCUACAUGGACAGGCCGAGCUUCAACAGAUCUGGAAAGGUCCGUACCCAGAUCAAAACACACUCAGGUAGCUCCUUGAACUCUCUUAAUGAUGCCCUUCCAGGAAGUAUGAGUUGCUCAAGUAGCUACCAUUGUCCAAUGAAUCGAUCCCUUUUGAACAACUUUUUAAUUGAAGAGGGCCUGACAGCACCUUCGCAUUUGGGGUCCUCCAGUGAAAGACUUCAAACUCUUAAACACCAACGAGAGCAGGCUAGGCGCCUUCAGAUUGAGCAACAGUUUUCAAGCGCCUUUGGAGAGCCAGUUUCUGAAGAACCAGAGAGACAAAGUUCUAUAACCGCAAUCGAAGAGAAAGUGAUGCUCGGCAUAGAGGAGAACUUGCAUAAGUCUCAGGAACAGGAGAAAACCAGUGAAGUGAAGCAAAAAUCGGGCUCAACCUUAUCAAAUUGGUUUGGUUUUCGUAAGAGUAAGCUUCCUGCUCCGAGCAGCAAAAAGACUGAUCCACCCAAAGUUAAAGAGGACAAGAGGGAGCAAAAGAUGACAUCACUUCUGGGAGGAAAGCAGACAAAGUUAGAUAAAAAAAGAGACAGAAGAAAAAGCGAUGGAAAAGACGGCUCUGUGGGGAUGAGAGAGUCUCAUGAUGCAGUGCGGGCAUGCAUCUCAAUGCCCUGUCCAGGAAUGUCCCUGAAUGAGACACAAGGACAUACUGACAUCAUCGGGGACCCGAAGAUGCAGUCUGGGAACCUAAGAGCUGACGGUGAAAAUGGAUCCACAGUGAAGAGUCCCAACCAGGAUGCUGUAAUAGGCUUCGGCUGCAAGAUGCGAACAUUGGACAGUGGAAUUGGGACCAUCCCCCUUCCCGAAUCCUGUUCCUUCUUCUCCUCCAUCCUGCACUUCCUCCCCAAAUCCUCAUCAACCCCAGAACCGUCCCUCAGUCCACCCAGUGUCCCCGGUUCCUCCAGCAAGGAGAUGUCUCCUUCCCCAUUACCCCGGUGGAGAAUACCCUCCAGCUUUAAGGACUACCGCCAUGCAGGGGUGCCAAACUCCCUUUCCAACUCCUCCAUGAUCCAUAUCCAGUCAGUGCCUUUCCCCACUGUGGCCUUCCUCCAGCCCAUCCAACCCCCAUGUGAACCCAUUGUGACCUCUGCCCGUGUGUGUGAUACCCAGAGCAGGCUACCCAGACCACCACCAGGUGGGAUGGAGCCAAAGAAGUUGACCUAUAUCAAAUCAAAAACCCGAACCACUCCGAGCCAACAGAAAGAGCAGACGAGACUUCAGCUUGCCAACUAGUUACUGAGCCAAGCAAAGAGUCCAUUACUCAGUUGGAUUUAUCACCCAAACACACAUGGAGAAUCGUUCGGUGCCACCGUUUGCAAAAGGGCGUCCGCGUCAGGAUGAAACGCUCAGCGCUGGACAACAACUGAGCGUUGCAUUGUGGGCGUCCACCUGGACUCACAGUGCUCUAUCGAGAUAACUGAGUAGCUUUUUAGGUGGAGUAAUGAACCUUCCCGGUAGACGUUUUGGAGAUUUGCAACUCAUUGGCAUCGGCUCGGAGCAGCAUGUCGUCACCUUCCUAAAAUAAUAGUUUUUUGACCAAUUGGAUUUUGUUGGCUAAAUCAUCUCUCUGGUACCAUCGCCUGCAUCCUCAGUUGAAGACAUCAUGUGAUUAUACCCUCAGGGCUCUCAAGUGUCACGCAUUGAGCGUGAGACUCACGCAUUUCGGUCUUAAGUCACGGACUCCCGCCACACAUCGUAUUUCUCACGCUGAAAAAAGCUCUCGGCUAUUUAAUGUUUUAAUGUGCCGCAGCGCGCAAACAUGAGCUGGCCGCGCUGCCCUCACCGUGGAGGAAUCAAGCGCUCCCCUGGAGUUCUGCUGUGAGGAGCCACUUAUCAGCCAAUCCAAAAAAAGAAAUGGGCUACACAAUAGCCAAUCAGAAAAAAAACCGUAUCUGUUGUAUCUGGGUAAGAUUUAAACCAGCAACCAAUGAAAAUAUAGCAUCCUGGAAUUGCGCGCGACUGACUGAUAUCCGAAAAUUUCACAAUAUCAUGGGAUCAAUAUGUGGUCAAGUUUUUGGGGUUUUCUAAAAAAUGACAUGUCAUAAUUUUAGGAAGGUGACGAUAUUGAGUUUCUCGCUAAAUGUACAGCACAGACAGUUAUUUGACCUUUUUUUUACUCUGAGGAUUAAAAAAAUCAUGAACUUGAUCGGCCUUUUUUGUUUAGCUGAUGUGUUAGCUACCGUAGCACUUUCAUAGCUACUUGUUUUGACUUGUUAGCUACCGUAGCACUUUCAUAGCUACUUGUAAUCAUCCCAUAAACACAGUUGCACACAAGCUAAUGUCCGUCCAGAGGGCCCAGUUUAAGCUAACGUGUGUGGCCUGCAGCUGUGAGUUCAUAUUGCUACGAAAUAACCAUCCUUGCUAGCUACUUUGCGGUCACACUCUUUAUACUUCCAUAAACCUAAACAUGGAAACACAUGACAGCAAAUGUCAAAAUAUAUUUGCUUUUGUAACCUGGUUUUUAAAACUUAAAAUGUGGCCGCUGGUGGACAGAGCUAAUCCUAAACACAAUAAGUUAAAUAGUGAACAUGUUCGCAAUGACCUAUUUUCAAAUCCAGCUGACAAAAAAACAACAUAAUAUGUUUUGAUUGCUUCUGGCCACUUUACAAAUCUUCUUUUCAAAUUACAAUAUAAAGUAUUUUUAUUGCGCUUUUGGUCUCCACCAACUCUUUAGCAAAAGUUGUUGACCUUGCUAGCCACUCAGUAGCUUUCUCAUUUGUGGCUGUACAACGAGCCAAAAGAUUCUAAAAAAGCACAAUUUGAUUCCAUUUUAUAUUAAAAUAAGAAUAAAAUAAUUUUAAAAAUCGUUAAAUGCAGAUUUAAUCACUUAAUUAACUUUUGCACAAGCACAUCCAGUUUACCACCAUACCUCCAUUGUGGCACCAGCUGUGGCCACUUUAGGAGAUUAACGAUCAAAUUAAAGGCCGCCACUAAAAUCCUGCUGAGCAUGGAUUGUUUAGCUACAUGCAUUUGCAUUCUGCAGCAAUGUAUGAGCGUUUUAAUAAAUGUUUACGUGAAGAUUUAAUUCUGCUGUAGAUCGUAUACAUAUCGAAGCUCCAAUAAAUGCCAGUGAUUUAUUUUCAGAUGGAACCUUAUAAACUCAAGAUCACAAAUUAUGACGUCCAUCCUUGAAAACAUUUUAUGUACAGCACUUACUACUGAUUGCCAUUCAUGAGCUCUAUACCUUAGUAAUGUGAUUCUUUAAAGUGUGCACUCUCUUGUUGGAAACUUUUUUUUUUAUUGUCACAAUGUGAAUAUCAACUUGCAUGCAACCACCCUCGCACUUAUUCCAACCACAGAAAUGCAUCGUAUGAAUCUGAUAUCCAUCAUAUGACGAGUUUCAUCACAAGAAAUGCUGAAACUUGAUGCUCAGUUUUUAUGGCACAUUACACAUUACAUAUUUUCAAUACUUAAGCAAAUGUCUUAAAUACACAUCGCAUCUUGUCAUGAAGCUCUUCAUAUUACUGCAUUGUGUAUUCUGUACAUGUUUCCACAGUUAUGACAUCAGGACAAAGCAGUGACUCUUGCAUGUAACAUGAGCACCUACGAGGCACAUUGUGGACAUUGUUGUGCUAGCUCAGGGAAAAUAACGUUUAUUGUCUCUGAUAGAUGCUGUGGAUUUAAUAAGUUAAACCUCAACUAUAAAAUGUACAACUAUUUCGUUGCAGCCAGCGAACUCGUAAAAAAAUCUCGGCAUUGUACGUUUCUGCAAACUACGGAUACGUUGACGUAGUACAAAGUCCAGUAAGGGGAUGGUGGUAUUAAUGGCGGAUGGGUCAAACAAACACCUGUUCAUGAACCGCGUGAAACCAAUAGUUGACCUUUUGAAUUCAUGAAUGUCAAGUAAUGUUUUUGUAUUGUUACUUUAUUAUGUGAAUGCAAAAACAUUCAUUUUUAGUACAUUUAACCACUUGUUUUUUCAAUGCUAACCACGUUCCAUCGUGUGAUACAGGACUGAUAUGAAAUCUCUCUACGAAACAUUUUUUGUUUCAGAAACGCUGACGUUUAACGUAUCUUGCCGUUUGCAGAAACGUACAAAGCCCAAAAAAAUGAUGCCAACUGGGUUGAGCGAACGCACCAGAUUUCAUUGUUCUGUAAUGCUUUGAGGAUAUUACCUGAACUCAAUAUUUUCCUCUCGUCAGUUUUUGUCUGUACAUUUAACUGUAUAAUACCUCACCACUUUCUCUAUUUUGUGUCCUUUAUCGUAAUGUUUUUGGUGUUUUUAUGCAUCCCGACAUAUUUGAUAGUUUUAGCCCCCACACACCUUUGUCGGCUCCAUUGCACUUCAUGCGUACAUUUUUGCCAAAAUGCAUAUUGCCAAACACUGCUCUGAGCUAAUCAUAUACAUAAAAUGAAUGCAAUUAAAUCUACAUAUCAGACAUGUCACAGUGUCUAUACAGCCAUAUUGUUUUUGAAACACUUAGACAGUUUUGCACUUUUUACGUGAUGUAGAACCACGGAGCACUGUACCGUUGCACAAUAUCACUAGUCACGUCAUCUAACUGUAUUUACCUCUUUAACUCUUGACUCACUUGUAUAUGUCGACGGUAAUAUUAUAAGUGGAGGGCAUGCCAAUAGGAUCACACAGGUGUAGUGAAAUAUGUGGCGUGCACAGGUGAGACGAGGUGUUCGUGGAUCGGGGAACAGAUUCUCUGUACUGAUACGGGUAGAUGGAGCAUGGUGUCUGUGUUCUUAAAGUGGCUCACAUGAGGAGGAGCCUCACUCUCACGAGAGUAUUGUAUUUUUAUAACAUUUACUCUAAUGCCCUGUAUUUGUACUCAGCACUGAUGAGUGUAAUUGACCAUUUAUUGCACAUAUUGUUACUCACUAUUGUAUUCUCCCUCUAAAUGUUAUUUUUGUUGGUGUUUUUUUGCUCAGAACCCAAUAAUAACAGUGAUGUUCUCGUGUGACGGUCACCUGAGCAGUUUGGAUUGACAAUUGUAUAUUACUGCUAUUCUUUGUUUUAUGUAAAAGAAGAAAGAAAAAAAUAAACUAUUUCAAUACUUAUACAACA